AUGGAAAUUGACGCCUAUGACCAGAAUGCCUUGAAACUGGAAACCCUCUCCGGAGCUAUUCAGCCACGAAGCUUCUCUACAGAAGCCUCCACAUCAAAUGGAAAUUCCACAGUGAAUGGUCGACAGUCUAACCCUCGUCAACUGCAGCAGCAACUCACUUCGGCUUCAACAUCAACUGCUGCAUCCUUCCGACGACCUUUUCAUGCUCCCAACAUCUCUUCUACAGCUGGUCAGUCGAAUGAGAAUGCUACUCCCGCGACUGCUAGAAAAUAUUCAAAUGUGGAGGGUGGUAGUAGUGUUAACAGUUAUGGAAAUGAGGGCUAUAGGAAAAGCUGUGUCCCUUCAACUCCUUCAGCAGAUCAGGCUCUUACUGCAGAAUAG